UGUUUGCCCACACUGCAUGGCUGCAUCCCACAUGGGAGCUCCGGUCAAAAGUAGUGGAGCAAUAAGCACGUGAGCUUUUCAGAGCUCUGCAGCUUGAUUGGAUAUGUUUUGUUGUUCUGCACGUUUUUGAGAGAGAGAACCACACACACACACACACACAGCAUAUGAGAGAGCGAGAAAGAUAAAGACAAAUACGACGUGUGAAGAAGGGAGAGAAUCAGGAGAUAGGAGAGGAACAGGAGAUAGGCGAGGAACAGAAGGAGCGUGCCGUUGAGCUUUGUUGCUAUAGACACACGAGGACGAUCACUAGAAGAGAAUCUGACAGUAUUUCCGGGUCAAGGAGCAGUGCAGUACUGGUGUACACACGUUUCCACGUGAGUCUUAAAAACGGCUUUUCAUGACGAAGUGGUUUUCGUGUCCGAGAAGACAGGAAGAUACAACACCGUGGAAAAGGUCUUUAUUGAUCAGGCUCAACGUCUGGCCCUUCAGAGGGAGAUAGACAAGGAGUCCCAGUCCACGGUUUCAGUCAGAUCGCUGAUGGUCCAAGCCGACACAGGCAACAGGAUGGUUACCAUGAAGAAGACGAACAAGAAGAGUGGGAAGGACACCCACGCUGAGGAUGAGAUCUCAGAAAACACCUCCAUAAAUCAGGGGAAUAGCGAAGGAGUGAAGAAGAAAAAGAAGACGAAAGUAGAGACUCUGGUAGAAGAAGAGCGGGUGUCCAAUGGGGAAUGGGGGAAUACGGAAGGAGAGCAGGAGAAACAGAAAGGAAAGAAGAAGAAGUUGUUGUCUGGGACUGACACCAACGGUGAGGAAGUCAUGACUAAUGGAAAUGACGGAGGAGGGUGCAGCCAGGAGAAGAAGAAGCAGAAAGGUGUUAACACUGUUAAAACGGAGCUAGAGACAGAACACAGUGGAUUAAAGGACGAGAAAGGAGUCGUGGAAAAUGGGCAGAAGCUGAAAAAAAAGAAGCGCUCUCAGGCAGAAGAGACAGAGAUCAGCGUUGUCAAGGUAGAGGAAGGAGAGGUGAUAGAAAUAAAGAAAGGCAAGAAAAAGAAGGGAAAAACAGAGGAAGAAAAUAAACUGAAAAAGAUCCCUAAAGUUACUGAACCAACUGAGAGUCAGGAGGAGGAAGAGGGGGAGACGAAGAAGAAGAAGAAGGGUAAGAAGAGAGCAGUCGCUGAGAAAGGAGAGACAAAAGAGAAAGAGUGCGGAGAGGCAGAGAAAGAAGUGGUAGUAAAGAAGAAGAAGAAGAAGGGAGCUGAGGCUACAGUAGCAGUACAGCAGGAGGAACAGAAUAACACCAAGAAGAAGAAGGGAGCUGAGGCUACAGUAGCAGUACAGGAGGAGGAACAGAAUAACACCAAGAAGCAGAAGAAGAAGGGAGCUGAGGCUACAGUAGCAGUACAGGAGGAGGAACAGAAUAACACCAAGAAGCAGAAGAAGAAGGGAGCUGAGGCUACAGUAGCAGUACAGCAGGAGGAACAGAAUAACACCAAAAAGAAGAAGAAGAAGCCCAAGUCCUCCAGCAGCGCUGCAGACACCACCAUGGACACGGAGACGGAGAGAAAGGAGGAGGGCAAGAAGAAGAAGAGAAAGGCCUCUGCACUAACAGAGGAGGAGGAUGUGUUGGACAAGCGGAAGCCCAAACAUAUGAAAAGGGUGGAUAUGACAGGAGUAGUGGAACAGGUGGAGGACGGAGAGAGCGAGGGAAGGAAAAAGAAGGUGAAGAAGAGCUCCUCUGAGAUAGAGACAGAAAUGGAGGACAGCACCCCUCACCAGAAAGGGAAGAAGGUUAUGACGAAGGGGAAAAAGAAGAUAAAGGUGGAGAGCUGCGACCCUGAAUACCAGGAGAGGGACCAGACGGAUGUGGUUUUCCUGUCAGAGACCAGGGGAAACGCCUUCGAGAUCAAUAUUGAUCAGGGGAGACGCCUGGCCCUGCAGAAUGAGAUCGACCAGAAGUCCAAUCCAGUCCAACUCAAAGCAGCACCGGUACCAUCGGGUUUGGGCCAGUGGGGCACCGCCCAGUUUGACAGUUCCGACCAACAUAGUAAGUUCCUGCGGUUGAUGGGCGGCUUCAAGAAGAGCGGGCAGCCAAUAGCAGCGAGCGGUGCGACGGGAGGGCGGGCCAACAUGGCGCUGACUAAAGACGGACAGCAGAGCUUGCAGCAAGGCCUACUGGGGGAGUUUGAGCGCGCUCAGUCGCGCCGCAUGGACUUCACGGGAAGGGGGGCGGGACUUGGGUUCUCGGCGCCGUCCAAUAAGAAGUUCUCGAUUGACAUCAACACAACCCGAUCGGUGCGCUUCGAUGACUGAGUCGGGACGGACCCUUGAGUGUGCGUGUCUAGCAUCCAAAAUGGAUUUGGAUGAGUGUGUGUACCUUUUCUCUUGCAGGGUCUUGGGAGUGUCUGUCGGUGAAUGUGGUGUGUAUGAAUGUAUAUACGGUAGUAGUUUGGACACACCUACUCAUUCCAGGGUUUUUCUUUAUUUUGACUGUUUUCUACAUUGUAGAAUAACAGUGAAGACAUAAACUAUGAAAUAACACAUAUGGAAUCAUGUAUUAACCAAAAAAUCUAAAUAUAUUUUAUAUUUGAGAUUCUUCAAAGUAGCCACCCUUUGCCUUGAUGACAACUUUGCACACUAUUGGCAAAUAUAUUUUGAUUUGAUAUUUAGACUUUUUUUUGGUUACUACAUGAUUCCAUAUGUGUUAUUUCAUAGUUUUGAUGUCUUCACUAUCAUUCUACAAUGUAGAAAACAGUCAAAAUAAAGAAAAAUCCUGAAAUGAGGUGUGUCCAAACUUUUGACUGGUAACAAAAAUAUAAAUGCAACAAUUUUGAUGAUUUUAAUGAGUUAGUUAUAAAGAAAUCAGAAAUAAAUG